AUGUCGCUGACUGAAGCACAAAUGAAAAGAUUACAAAAACUUCAAAAAGUUGCAUGUAGUUUUGUUAUUGGACGUUAUGCCAAAAUUCAAGAUAUCAUCAAAUUAAAAUGGCUCCCCAUAAAGGAACGUCGUGAAUUCAACUUAUCGAAACUAACGUACAAAGCCAUUAAUUUCACCAACUGGUCAAGUUCCUGUAAAGUAAAUGUACGUAUAAAGCGAAACAAUCUCCGAAACCAGCAUGAACUCAGCCUUCAUCAUUCGAUCGAUGGUACCUUUCAAGAUGAAGCAGCGCGAGUGUUCAACAGUCUACCAGCUAACCUUCGUACUGCUGAUUCCUUCAAUAUUUUUUCUAGAAAUAUUAAAUCAUAUCUACUAGAUAAAAUAUUAACACAAGUGUCUGUGGAUGAAAGUGAAAAAGCUAGGCAACUUUUGGUUGAACAAAAAAUUAUGGUUUAA